ACUUCCAAUGGCUUACUCAGCCUAACAAAUGAAACCAAUCAUCAGAUAGGCCGUGCCUUCUACCCCAUGCCUAUCAAUUUCAAGAACUCACCCAACGCCUCUGCUUUCUCCUUCUCCACUACCUUUGUCUGUGCUAUCGUGCCCCAGAUUCCAACUAUCAGCUAUGGCCUUACCUUUGCCAUUACACCGCCAGGAGGUCUUCCUGGAGCAUUUCCGUACCCAUAUUUUGGCCUCUUUAAUGAAACCAACUCCUAUGGCAAAGCUAACAAUCAUGUGGUGGCAGUGGAGCUGGAUACACUCCAGAAUCGUCAAUUUGAUGAUAUUGAUAGCAACCAUGUUGGAAUUGAUAUCAACGGCUUGAAAUCAGUUCUAGCAAAAUCUGCAGGCUAUUAUCUGGGCAACAAAUUUCAUAACUUCAGUCUCGGCAGCGGCGAACCAAUACAAGUUUGGGUAGAAUAUGAUGGCAGAGUUAAGCAAAUGAAUGUCACUGUGGCUCCUCUCAGUGUGGGUAAACCAAGUAAGCCUCUUUUGUCUUUGUACAUAAAUAUUUCACCGGACAUACUAGAAUCCGUGUCUCUUGGCUUCACAUCGGCCACUGGUGAAGCAGUAUCAACCCAAUAUAUUCUUGGGUGGAGCUUCAAAAUGAAUGGCAUUGCUCAAGAACUUGAUCCCUCUAAACUUCCAAAGCUUCCACGAGUGGGGCCUAAGAGAGAAUCUAGAUUUCUAGUCAUUGGGGUGCCUGUGAUUGCAAUAUUUUCUCUGGUUGUUAUUGUGUGUGGAGUGGGUUAUUAUGUACUAAGGAAGAGUAAGUUUGCAGAGUUGCUUGAAGACUGGGAACUCAAGUAUGGGCCGCACAGGUUCAAUUACAAAGAAUUGUAUUUUGCCACCAAGGGGUUUUCAGACAAACAAAUAUUGGGGGAAGGGGGAUUUGGCAGUGUUUAUAGAGGUGUGUUGCCCAACUCACAAGGUGAGAUUGCUGUGAAGAAAAUUUACCAUCAAUCAACACAAGGAAUGAAAGCCUUUGUAGCUGAAGUUGUUGGCAUGGGUCGGUUGUGUCAUAGGAAUUUAGUUCCUCUUCUUGGCUAUUGCAGACGUAAAAGAGAGUUGCUUUUGGUUUACGAGUACAUGCCAAAUGGAAGUCUUGAUAAGUAUUUGUUUGACAACCCAAUUCGCACUCUUGGUUGGAACCAAAGAUUUCAAGUCAUCAAAGGAGUGGCAUCUGCUCUAUUUUAUCUACAUGAAGAAUGUGAGCAGGUGGUGAUUCACAGAGAUAUAAAGUCUAGUAAUGUCCUUCUAGAUAGUGCGUGGAAUGGAAGACUGGGAGAUUUUGGCCUUGCUAGAUUGUAUGAUGAUGGAACUAAUCCUCAAUCUACACAUGUAAUAGGAACUCAUGGCUACCUUGCACCAGAAUAUAUUAGGACCGGCUUGGCCACACCGAGCACUGAUAUGUUUGCUUUCGGAGCAUUUUUGCUUGAAGUUGUAUGUGGCAGAAGGCCUGUAGAGUUUAAAGAGCCAAAUGAGGUUGUAGUUUUGGUGGACUGGGUGUUUUCAUGGUGGACUAGAGGUGAAAUAUUGGAAGCUGUUGAUUCUAAACUUGAAGAAAAUUAUGUAGCUAAUGAAGUAGAUAUUGUCUUAAAGGUUGGGUUGUUGUGUUCUCUAUUAGAUACAGAAUUCAGACCUAGCAUUCGACAAGUUGUUCAGUACUUGGAAGGCUCUAUAGCUCUACCAGAUCUAUCACUACUCACUCUCUCCAUGGUCGGCUUGACUAUUUCUCGAAGAGAAGGCCUUGAUUAUUUUGUUUCUUCACUUUCAUCAUCUGAAGGGAAUAUAGACUCACAUUGUUCUUCAAUUACGAACUCUAUAAUCUCUGAAGGUCGUUGAUUACAAGGAUGAGAGAGUUUAAUUUUUACAUUGAAUUAGUGGAGUAUGUAUCAGUUAUGAUCAUUAUAUACUAUAUUUGAUUUUCUAAUUAUAGUUAUUAUUUUAGAGGGU